AUGAAAGCGUUGACGAAUUGGGACGCAAAUAUAAUUUUUGAUAGAAUUGCGUGUGAUGAAAAUAAUACAGAAAAUCAAAUUUGUGUUAUCCGGCUGCACGAUUUGCUUUGUAAUAUGGACUUGCAACUGCUUGCAAUGACUAAAGAAAUUUUAACAUUUGGAGAAAUUGUUCAAAAGUACGAUUUGGAUGAAAUGCGAAGGCUUGGAUAUCUGGGAAUUUCAGCAAACCGAACCCCUUUGGCAAAAAGAGUAAAAUCGGAUGGAGGGAAUGAGAGUGUCGAACCACAGUUUAGGCCAAAGAGCGCUGUCAGAGAAAAGUUUGAAAAAGCGAAAAUGAAAGCAUGGAGGAUUAUUAUCCGAAAUUUGCCUUUUAAGACAACCCAGGAAGAUAUGCAGAACGUUUGCUCCAAAUUUGGCUCUUUUGUUGAAAUUGUCCUCCCACCUUCUAAAAAAAAUCCUAAAACGUGCGGUGGUUUUGGGUUUGUUCAAUUUGUAAAGAAGGAAGACGCCGAGAAAGCCAGAGAAUUCUUCAAUGAAAAUAAAUUUUUGGGAAGAAUGGUAGCUGCUGAUUGGGCCCUCGAUAAAGAUACUUAUGAAACGAAUGCUCAUGAGGAAAAGGAAAGUUUGAAGAAGGCUGUCAAAGUUGAAAAGGAGGAGAAAACGAACACAGUGAAGAAAUUUUCGGAAGAAAGCGAUGAAGAGGACGAAACACCUGAAGAUGAGCAAGAUAUGGAGGAUGAAUCUGAGAGUGAAGAAGAAUCUGAAGACGAAGAUGACAAAGAUGCAAAAAAGAAAAAGAAAAGCCAGAAGGAAACGAAAAACGACCAAGCAGUUAUUGACGGCAAAGUUGUCUUUUUAAGAAAUUUAUCGUUUGAAACCACCGCUGAAAUGUUGAAGGAAGAACUUGGACGAUUCGGUAAAAUUGAUUUAGCAUUGAUUUGCAAGUACAAAGACAGUGGACAUCCAAAAGGAACGGCAUUCGUACAUUUCGAAACGCCGCUUGCCGCUUCAAAUUGUAUUGAAGCAGUUGAAGACGGAAUUAUUAUUGACAACCGAUUAAUCAAGGCUUCGCUAGCUAUUCCCAAAACAGAAGCUGUUGCUAUGGAAAAAGAGAAAUUAACUAAAGUGCCCAAAGAUAAGAGAAAUCUUCGAUUGGUACGCUUCAGUUUGAUUCGUGAUGGAACAGCGGCGGCCAAUGGAAUGAGCAAGGAGGAUGCGGCCAAACGUGAGAAACUUGCGGAAGCUAUGAAGAAAAAGCUGGAAAAUACGAAUAUGUUUGUCUCUCCUGUGCGUCUCUGCAUUCACAACUUACCCCAAAGAAUUGAUGAUAGAAAGUUGAAGCAUCUCGUGCAGAAAUCGACGUCAUCUGAUGCGCAGAUCACUGAAUGUCGUGUCUGGAUGGACAAGAAGAGAUUGACUACUGAUGGUAAACCCAAAUCCUCGGGAUUCGGUUUUGUUGCUUUUAAAGAACAUCAACACGCGUUAGAAUGUUUAAAAAAGCUAAACAAUAACCCAGAUAUUUUUGGAAAAGAACGAAGACCAAUUGUGGAAUUUUCCAUUGAGAAUUUGAUGGCAAUCCAAGCGAAGGCGCGUAGAAAUAUCAAGCAAUCCGAAGAAAAAAUGAGCGAAAGACAAUUGAAUGAAAAGAUCCGACAGCAAGUUAAGAGCUCCAUUGGCGAGGUUCACACAGCCGGAAUGAAGUUCUUACCGAAGUUCCUUGGCAAGAAAGUUCGUCAUCGCGAUUUGAAAGGAAUGGCGAAGAAAAAUGUCGAGGCUAAGAAUAGAGCGAAGGCUAUUAAAUUCAACAAGAUAUCUGACGUAAAUCCGAAAAAUCUAAAGAAGAAGUCGAAACAAAAUGUCACAAAAUAUCUAUCGUUAUCUACGUAA